CACGUGUUACGUCUCUGAUCAGAGACGCCGCAAAUAUUUACCUUAAGUGUUUGGUUUGAUUGUGUUGUAUAUGUUUGCGUGAAGGUGUUGACAGACGUGUUUGGGAUUUUUGGUUGAUUUAGAACAGUUUUAUUAUGUUCACAAAUAAGUGAAAGUGCGAUGAAAUUAAUGUUUGCUGCUGCAACCUGUUUAGGAGAGUGAAUAGACCACAGUGUGUGCGACUCAAAGGAUAAAACCCUUAAUCCUGCUUGCCAUCCGUAGCUGAUAAUCUUUACUUUGCGUAUUUUUAGUAUUUUUUGUUCGAAACAGAAUUGUAAUCGAUGGAGAACUUUAUCGGAAUAUUAUCUCCUAAAUUAUCGGCGGAACUUAUUGCAAAGCGGGCAGCUCACGUUUCAAUUGUAGAUGAUGGUAUAAAACUCUUGUCAGAGGAAGUGUUUCGGGCUCUGAAGUGUGGGAAGCUUGCUAUUCAAAAUUUCUCACAGAAUGAGUUGCACCCUAGUCCUGAUAAUGAAUCAGCUGUACCUUGGUUGUUUCUUGUGGAUACCUUAAAUUUUUCCUUUUGGUAUCCAGAGGGCUAUGCCAAGAAAUGGGAAGUAACUUGGCAAGGUAAAACAUACACAGGAUAUUUUGCCCUUUGUGCGGCUGUAAACAGAGCAAUUUCGGAAGGAGUGCCCAUGACUGAUGCAAAAUUUUGUUCCAAUGUGACCCUGGAUCAACUACGGCACAUACUUCGUGGUGAUAAGGAAACUGAUGUCCCAUUGCUACAUGCAAGAGUAGAUUGCUUGAGAGAAGUGGGGAAUGUACUUAUGGACAAGUAUCAGGGAUCAUUUGUGAAUUGUUUAAAAGAAAGCCAAAACUCUGCUCAGAAAUUGCUUCAGCUUGUGGUCGACAAUUUUCCCUGUUUCAGAGAUGAGGCAGAAUUUGAAGGUUAUGCAGUAUCAUUUUACAAGAGAGCGCAAAUCCUCAUAGGUGAUAUAUGGGCCUGCUUCAAGGGAGAAGGUGUAGGUUAUUUCAAAGACAUUGAUUCCCUUUCAAUGUUUGCAGAUUACAGGGUCCCACAGGUUUUGGUCCAUUUUGGAGCAAUGAAAUAUACUGAUGAACUCAUGGAGCUGUUAAAAUCUGGUCACAUACUAGCAAACGGUAGCCGAGAAGAAGUUGAAAUUCGAGGAGUUUCGAUUGAAGUGGUUGAGCGUGUUUGCAAACAAGUAAGGCAACUUCUGCAGGAGUACAAUAUCAACAAUGUUACAGUUAACUCAGUUCUUAUUGACCAUUACCUAUGGGACUACCGGCGAGAACAUGCAGAUUCUCUCGAAUAUAUUCCCUUUCACAAAGUGCGCUGUAUUUAUUACUGAACAUCAAGCGUGGAGUAAAAUUAAUUUUUGUUGCAUGUCAGCAGAUAAUCUGAAAAUAGCUUGAAUAAAGAUUGUGAAGUUCAUAAA